UCUGCGCGAGGGGCAGCCCCUCCCCCUUCCCCUCCUGGGCUGUGGCCACGCGCGGCGGUUCCGCUUCCCCCUCCGGCUGCCGCCGCCUCGGUGGGUCCCACUGCCGCCAUUGCAGGAGGCUCUGUGCGGCGGCCGCGCCGUGCGAACGAGAGGUCCCGCCCCGCAGCCCCCUCGGCGACUGGCUCCUUUCCGGAGAUACUACUUUCUGCUUUUAGAAGUGCCUUCAUGUUCAACAAAACUUAAUGGAUACACCCCAAAGGCUUGAAUUCUUUACUGGAGACUUGCUAGCAGCAGGGAGAAGCUACUGAUGGAAAGGAAGACAACCACAGGGCUUUGUCUAGCCAUUAAGAGCCAUGUCUGAUAACGGAGAACUGGAAGAUAAGCCACCAGCCCCUCCCGUCCGAAUGAGCAGUACUAUCUUCAGUUCAGGGGGCAAAGACCAGUUGUCUACCAACCACAGCUUGAAACCCCUGCCCUCUGUACCAGAAGAGAGAAAACCUAGGAACAAAAUAAUCUCCAUCUUCUCUGGCACUGAAAAAGGAAGCAAGAAAAAGGAAAAGGAAAGGCCAGAAAUUUCUCCUCCAUCAGACUUUGAACACACCAUCCAUGUUGGCUUUGAUGCGGUUACUGGAGAAUUCACUGGAAUGCCAGAGCAAUGGGCUCGAUUGCUACAGACCUCAAAUAUCACCAAGCUAGAGCAGAAGAAAAACCCUCAGGCUGUACUAGAUGUGCUGAAAUUCUAUGACUCCAAAGACACUGCAAAACAGAAGUACCUGAGCUUCUCCGCUCCAGAAAAAGAUGGUUUCGCUUCAGGAACACCAGCACCCAAUGCCAAAGGUUCAGAGCCCUCAACAGCAGUAGCAGAAGAUGACGAUGAUGAAGAGGUUCCUCCUCCGGUUAUUGCCCCUCGACCAGAUCAUACAAAAUCAAUUUACACACGGUCUGUAAUUGACCCUAUCCCUGCACCAGCUGGUGACACUUGUGAUAGUGCUGCCAAGUCAGCUGACAAGCAGAAAAAGAAGACCAAAAUGUCAGAUGAAGACAUCAUGGAAAAGCUACGGACUAUUGUGAGCAUAGGAGAUCCCAAGAAAAAAUACACCAGAUAUGAAAAAAUUGGGCAGGGGGCUUCAGGUACAGUUUUCACAGCUAUCGACGUGGCAACAGGACAGGAGGUUGCUAUCAAACAGAUAAACCUGCAGAAGCAGCCCAAGAAGGAGUUGAUUAUUAAUGAGAUCCUGGUAAUGAAAGAGUUAAAGAAUCCCAACAUAGUCAACUUCCUAGACAGUUUUCUUGUAGGCGAUGAAUUGUUUGUUGUGAUGGAGUACCUUGCUGGAGGGUCACUCACUGAUGUGGUCACAGAAACUUGCAUGGAUGAGGCACAGAUUGCUGCUGUUUGCAGAGAGUGUUUGCAAGCACUAGAGUUCCUACAUGCCAACCAGGUAAUCCACAGAGAUAUUAAGAGUGACAACGUGCUUUUAGGAAUGGAUGGAUCAGUUAAACUCACCGACUUUGGUUUCUGUGCUCAGAUCACCCCAGAGCAGAGCAAGCGCAGCACCAUGGUUGGGACUCCCUAUUGGAUGGCUCCUGAGGUGGUCACCCGGAAAGCCUAUGGCCCUAAAGUGGAUAUCUGGUCUCUGGGUAUCAUGGCUAUUGAAAUGGUGGAAGGAGAGCCUCCAUACCUCAAUGAAAACCCUCUGAGGGCUUUGUAUUUAAUAGCAACGAAUGGCACACCAGAGCUGCAGAAUCCAGAGAAACUGUCCCCAAUAUUCCGGGAUUUUCUAAAUCGUUGUUUGGAGAUGGAUGUAGAGAAAAGGGGAUCAGCCAAAGAACUGUUACAGCAUCCUUUCCUGAAAUUGGCCAAACCUCUGUCUAGCUUGACGCCAUUGAUCCUGGCAGCCAAAGAAGCAAUGAAGAGUAACCGCUAACAUUGUCGCCAUGGCCUUCAUCUUUUUUUAAAAAUCUUUAUAAUAUAUGAAAAUUGUUACUCUUGUUAGGGAGGUUGAAAAAAGUCUGCAAAAGGGAAAAACGCUCACCCAGAAGACACACGAAAUGAAAUAUGGUGACUUUAAUUAAACCCUUUUUAGGGUCCAAAAGGAAUUGUGGACUGAAUCACUGGUCUUUCACCUCUUUUGCAGACAGCCCAGGAAUCCUGCUUCCCAUGCCUGGGGUUUUAAGUUUUUUGAUGACUUCGCUGUAACAGUUCCCAUUCAUUGUGCCCUCUUGGGGACUUUCAAUACUUGAAUGACAGAUUCAAGCUUUUGGAGAGAGGCAUUAAUUUUAUCUGCUGAUCUUUCCUUCUACUCCCCUUUUCCUGUCGUCUUUCAAGUUGCUUUGGCCAUCUCCCAUAUGACUAGGUUAACAGUAAGUGUGUCAGAAAUGUGAAGGUACAAUUUACCCAUCCCUCCCAUACCAUACAAUUUAGUUGUGACUGUACUGUAGAAUUAACGACUUGGAUACUCAAGAAACUAACUUUAAAUGAAAUCUGCUUGUAAGUAGAGUAUAGGGAGAGGUGGAAGAGAAGAGUUCAGCUGUCUUUCUGAUUUGUAACUGCUCCAGGGACUUCUAAUCCAAGAGAGAGAGAUCUCAGUGUAGUAAAUUGUUUUGGGUCAGGUUUUUAGAGGUCAGCCUACACAUAUAAGGAGAAGGGAGCGGAUGUUUGAGGAAAGAAACACCUCCCCACCCACCCAUUAUUUUCCUUUCUGUUUCCAUCCCCCCACAACUUCCCUAGACUUGUUGGCCAAGGCAAAAGGGAUGUCUUGUGUGGUGUAGUGGGUGGUCUUAAAACCAAGUGUUGUAUCUAUGCUCUUACUUGGGCUUUGGAAUUUAUGCUGGUGCCUUUGACUUUUUUUACAUUUCCCUCCUUUGUAUCAAAUGAAUUUUUGUAUAUGUUGUAAUUUUAUUCCCAAAAGCAAAUAAUGCAUCAAUCUAGGAGUUGUCAAGAUUUAAGUAUUAGAGCUAUUUUUUUCCAUUUU